AUGUCUGGCUUGGAGCGGCAGUUGAGCGCAAUUUCGGGUGGUUUGCUGCUGACAUUCUGUGGAGGAAUACAGAUAGGAUGGAGCGUACUGCAUCCGAACAUGGCCUCGAGCGGGUGGGCUGUCGGUAUCAAUGUGCAUGAGUAUAGAUUUGCCAUAGUGUCGUUUUUCACCGGGAUAGGCGCUAUGCUGGGAAUUCUGGGACAAAUAAAAGAUUUUCUCUCAAAUCGUGUCUGGUUGAUAAUGUCCGCACAUUUUCUGCUAAUAAAUGGAAUAUUUUUCACGGCAAUGCCGACAAAUUACACGGCCACCGUUGCGACGCGGAUUAUUGCAGGAUUCGGGCACGGAAUCGCCCACGUUAUUAUGACUAUCUACAUCGGAGAAAUAGCUUCCAAACAGUUUCGUGCUAAAUUCAUUGCAUUACUGACUGCAUCUAUUAUUGCAGGGAUUACCGUUUUUUCGUUGAUUUCGUUAGCCACAACAAGUGCUGCCGAACCAGCCAUGCAAACCAAUCGAGCCCUAGGUAUAAUUAUUAUGCCGUUAACUUGCACUGCAUCCGUUCUGGUAUACUUCCUAAUGGUGGAGUCGCCCAUUGAUCUACUCUCCAGAGGAGAGCCUGAAGCUGCUGCUAAAAAUCUAGCAAUUCUGCGUGACGAAUCAACGCAAGCAAAGCCUACUGCAGAAGAAGAGUUUGACGACAUGAAAUUACUGGCUGAUUCCCCUAAAAAAGGCUUAAUGGCGAGGAUGUUUUUCAACGAGGGAAAUAUGAAAGCGUUUUGGUUUUGUCUAACACUGAAACUAGCUAACCUUCUUAUUUUCAACUACUCGAUGAAUAAGGCGAAGAUAAUCUACAUGUCUGUAGCAAUCGAUUCAACACCUACGAGCCAUAAUUGGGCUCCGCCCAUAUUGAUGCUCAGCAAGCUUACUGCUGCCAUUGUUGCAAUUUUUUGCAUAGACAUUUUGCCACGACGGGUCCAGUAUACAAUUUCAGCCACGGUCACAGGUGCAUUGCUGGUAACUUUCGGAAUUGUUUUGGCAACACAAGACCACCUGGAACCCUGGAUAGCGCCAUUUCUGUACCUUACGGCGGCCGUCUUCACCACUCUGGGCAUGUUACCGAUAUCGGAAGUUCUACUAUCGGAAGCAUUUCCUCCGAUCAAGAAGGCUAUGUCGGUUGUAGGGGUGCUCAUAUGUGAAUAUGUUGGACACAUUGUUGUAUUUAUCAUCCACUUCAAUGUGCCAAGCAGUACCGAAGGUGUGUACAUAGAGACAAUUGUGAUGGGUAGUGUAAUGCUACUGAAAAGUUCGCUUGCUUUUUUCAAAAUUCCCGACACCAGAAACACGACACCUCGUGAGGCUUUGCAGCUGCUGUCGAAAUCCAAACAUUAG